AUGGCGCCCGCCUACAUCAAGGUCCCACCGAGGGAAGAGGAGAGUGGCAGACGAUCAACGUCGUCCGGCCUCAUCGUACCCAACACGGCGCAUAUGGCGACAACAACUCUCCAGGUUGGGGGCAUGACAUGCGGUGCCUGCACCUCGGCCGUCGAAUCCGGCUUCAAGGGCGUCGAAGGCGUUGGAAAUGUCUCCGUGAGCCUCGUCAUGGAGCGCGCUGUUGUCCUCCACGAUCCCCAGCACAUCUCGGCCGAACAAAUACAACAGAUUAUUGAGGACAGAGGGUUUGACGCCGAAGUGCUGGCGACGGACCUGCCCUCACCCAUUCUCAACCGCCACGCUGUGGACGAGGCGGCCUUUGACGAUGACGACGAUGAAGAUUUGAUGUCUACAACCAUAGCCAUCGAAGGCAUGACUUGUGGAGCUUGCACAUCAGCCGUCGAGGGAGGCUUUAAGGAUCUUCCUGGGCUCAAAUCUUUCAGCAUAUCACUUCUUUCUGAACGCGCUGUUAUCGAGCACGACCCUACUCUUUUAACCGCCGAGCAGAUCGCCGAGAUCAUCGAGGACAGAGGCUUCGGUGCCGAGAUCCUCGAAAGCAACAAGAUACAGCCAGAAAGGAAGUCGAAAUCCGGUGCUGGCUCUACGAGUACCAUCGCCACAACGACGAUCGCAAUAGAGGGCAUGACCUGCGGAGCGUGCACGUCCGCAGUCGAGGGUGGCUUCACAGACGUCGACGGUGUCCUCAAGUUCAACAUCAGCUUGUUGGCUGAACGUGCCGUCAUUACUCACGAUACAUCCAAGCUUUCCGCAGAUAAGAUUGCUGAGAUAAUCGAGGAUCGUGGUUUCGGCGCUGAGGUUCUCUCUUCUCAGUCUGAUAUCUCAGACCACUCCGGCGCCAACUCGACCGUCCAGUUCAAGGUUUAUGGCAAUCUUGACGCCACCUCUGCUCUUGCCCUCGAAGCGAAGCUUGAAUCUCUCUCCGGUGUCAAAUCAGCUACUCUCAAGCUGGCUUCUUCGCGACUCACCGUUGUCCAUGUACCCGCUCUGAUUGGACUACGAGCCAUCGUCGAGGCAGUUGAAUCUGAAGGCUUGAAUGCGCUCAUGGCAGACAGCGACGACAACAAUGCACAACUUGAAUCGCUCGCCAAGACGCGAGAAAUCAAUGAGUGGCGAAGAGCGUUCAGACUGUCGCUCUCAUUCGCGAUACCUGUCUUGCUCAUCAGCAUGAUCAUCCCAAUGUGCUUACCAUCUCUCGACUUUGGCGGCUUGGAAAUCCUGCCUGGUCUUUUCCUCGGCGACUGUGUCUGCAUGGCCCUCACGAUCCCCGUCCAGUUUGGCAUUGGAAGGCGAUUUUAUAUCUCUGGCUGGAAGUCCAUCAAGCACGGCUCCCCAACCAUGGACGUCCUCGUCAUCCUCGGAACUUCAUGCGCCUUCUUCUUCAGUGUCACGGCCAUGCUGGUUUCCAUAUUCUUUUCCCCUCACUCUCGGCCCAGCACCAUCUUUGACACGAGCACCAUGUUGAUCACUUUCGUCACUCUCGGUCGUUACUUGGAGAACAAUGCGAAGGGCAAGACGUCAAAAGCACUGUCGCGUCUCAUGUCGCUCGCGCCAUCCAUGGCCACCAUCUACGCCGAUCCUAUUGCCGCCGAGAAGGCUGCUGAGAGCUGGGACAACGCAGCGCUGGUUGAACCCAAGACACCAAAUCGCGAUGGUUCGGCGGCCGAGGAGAAGGUCAUCCCUACGGAGCUGAUCCAGGUGGGCGACAUUGUAAUUCUUCGACCUGGUGACAAGAUUCCAGCCGACGGCGUGCUGGUUCGUGGCGAGACAUAUGUGGACGAGAGCAUGGUGACUGGCGAGGCGAUGCCUGUUCAGAAGAAGAAAGGCAGUCACCUGAUCGGCGGAACUGUCAAUGGUCACGGCCGUGUCGAUUUCCGUGUUACGCGUGCCGGCCGUGACACUCAGCUCAGCCAGAUUGUCAAGCUCGUACAAGAGGCACAGACAACCCGUGCGCCUAUCCAGCGACUGGCCGACACACUCGCCGGCUACUUCGUUCCCAUGAUCCUUAUCCUUGGCUUGAUGACAUUCCUCGUUUGGAUGGUGCUCAGCCAUGUGCUCAAGAACCCUCCAAAGGUCUUCACUGAGGAGCAUAGCGGCGGCAAGAUCAUGGUGUGCGUCAAGCUCUGCAUUUCUGUCAUCGUCUUCGCCUGCCCCUGUGCCCUUGGCCUUGCUACUCCGACAGCUGUCAUGGUGGGCACUGGCGUCGGUGCUGAGAAUGGAAUUCUUGUCAAGGGUGGCGCAGCUCUCGAAACCACCACCAAGGUAACGCAAAUUGUGUUUGACAAGACCGGCACAAUCACGCACGGCAAGAUGAGCGUGGCCAAAGUUCAACUCGAUCCCUACUGGCAAGACAACGAGUGGCGCCGACGACUUUGGUGGUCCAUUCUUGGUCUUGCCGAGAUGGGCAGCGAGCAUCCUGUUGGCCGCGCUGUCCUCGGCGCUGCCAAGACCGAGCUUAGUCUCGAUGCUGAGGGAACGAUUGAAGGUAGUGUCGGCGAGUUUACGGCCGCCGUAGGACGGGGUAUCAACGCUUUGGUUGAACCUGCAUCGAGCACUGAGCGCCUUCGUUACCGCGUCCUGGUCGGCAAUGUUCGCUUCCUGCGCGAGAACAACGUUGACGUACCCGAGGAUGCUGUGGAGGCAUCGGAGCAGCUCAACAGCAAAGCCAACAAGAACGCGAAGAACACGAAUGCCGGCACCACCAAUAUCUUCAUCGCUGUUGACGGCAAGUACAGUGGUCACCUUUGCCUGGCGGACACGAUCAAGGACGGCGCUGCCGCUGCGAUUGCCGUCCUGCACCGCAUGGGCGUCAAGACGGCCAUCGUCACUGGCGACCAGCGUUCCACUGCCAUGGCUGUGGCUGCCGCCGUGGGCGUUUCGCCUGACGAUGUCUACGCCGGUGUGUCCCCUGACCAGAAGCAGGCUAUCGUCCGUCAGCUUCAGGAACAAGGCGAGGUUGUCGGCAUGGUUGGUGACGGAAUCAACGAUUCUCCGGCCCUCGCGACCGCCGACGUUGGCAUCGCCAUGGCGAGCGGCACCGACGUUGCCAUGGAAGCCGCUGAUGUCGUCCUCAUGCGGCCCACCGACCUCAUGGACAUCCCCUCUGCCCUGCAUCUUGCGCGCUCCAUCUUUAAUCGCAUCAAGCUCAAUCUCGCCUGGGCCUGUAUGUACAACUUAAUCGGCCUCCCCUUUGCCAUGGGCCUCUUCCUGCCCUUCGGCUUCCACCUCCACCCCAUGGCUGCUGGUGCUGCCAUGGCGUGCAGCAGCGUCAGUGUCGUCGUGAGCAGCCUGCUUCUCAAGUUCUGGUCGCGUCCUGCCUGGAUGAACGACGCCCUCAUCGAGAGCCGUGGCGGCCGCGCCAAGGCCUCUGGCUUCAGCCUGGUUGACAGGGUCACUGACCUGUUCAAGAGGCUGCGCACCGGCAGUAAGGAGACGGAAGGUUAUGUUCCUCUUGCGGACAUGAACGACCGAGACGUCUGA